GCCCGGAAGCGGCGCUCCCCGCCCGGCUGCGCUGCCACGUCGGAGGCCUGUGGCGGCGGGGAUGGGCGGCCGGGCGCUAUGCUGGCUUCUCUGCCUGCUGCAGGCGGGCCGGGCCGGGGGCGCCGAGCUCACCUUCGAGCUGCCCGACAGCGCCCGGCAGUGCUUCCACGAGCCGCUGCCGCAAGGCCGCCACUUCACGCUGGACUUCCAGGUAAUUACAGGGGGGCAUUACGAUGUGGACUGCUACGUGGAAGAUCCCAACGGCAAGACCCUUUACAAAGAAGCUAAGAAGCAAUACGACAGCUUUUCCCAUCGAGCCGAGGUCGCAGGCGUCUACACAUUUUGCUUCAGCAACGAGUUCUCCACUUUUUCACACAAAACUGUCUACUUUGACUUGCAAGUUGGAGACGAGCCCCCGAUUCUCCCGGACAUGAACCACAGGGUCACCGCCUUGACACAGAUGGAAUCUGCUUGUGUCACCAUUCACGAAGCUUUAAAUACCGUGAUCGACUCCCAGACUCGUUACCGGCUGCGGGAGGCUCAGGACCGGAGCCGGGCUGAAGAGCUGAACAACCACGUCUCCUACUGGUCUGUGGGGGAGACCGUCCUCCUCCUCGUGGUCAGCGUCAGCCAAGUCCUGCUGCUCAAGAGCUUCUUUACGGAGACGAGAGCGACCCCGGGGGCCGUCAGCACCUAGGAAGCCAGAGUCGGUCCUGUGCCGUGGCACCGUGUGCCUGCGGGUUGGGUGGGGUGGGGCUGGGGAAGAGAGGAGGGAUGCUCAUGGGUCACACAGUGGAGUGCUGCCGAGGGACCGAGUGGGGCCGGCCCGGCACACCUGGACUGGAAGCAGAAAGGGAUUUAUGGGAAAGUCACCCAAGUAGCAGUUCUGACAGAGUGAACGCUGUUAAUAGCCGGCAGCCUCGCUCUGGGGGCCCUGGGAAGCAAUGGAAGUGCAGGGGUUAGGGGCUCUCUGUGCAGCGGAGCUGUGACUUAGGCCAGGGAAGAUUAGCGCCGGUUUCACUGCAAUGGUUUGACUCUUGUUUGUAACCCUGUUGCAUCUUCACUGCGAGGUGUAAGCACACCAUGCAGCCCGAGGAUCUACCCCAGAGCCCACGUGGGGUCACCUGCUCCCAGCACAGAGCAGAGGCCCAGGCCAGCAUGGGGGAGCGUGUCACAAAGGGGCGCCGGACGUUUCCCGGUGCACAGACAAGCUGAACUGCCAUAGUUCACCUGAGCUGCAGUCUGUGCUCACCGAGGUGGGCGGCGUGGUCAGGACAGAGGUAGGAGUCAGAGCAACCCCACUCACCCUACGGUGUGCCCAAACAUCUGCUUUUCGUCAGGCAGCCCAACCGGAGAGGCUAAAAACCCUACUCAUCCUUUUAAUGGAAGCUGAAAUUCUCCCAUAAUCACAGGACUCCAGGACCUGGGCCUUACAGAGAAGCACCAAAUAUCACGAGACGCUCAGUAAAAGUGGCAGAAAUUGACAGCUCUUGGCUCCCUCCAGGUUUGUUUGUGAUAAAAGGGAUCGUGUGGCCCCAGAGAGUCAGAGAGGUUAAGGCCAGAAGAGGCCAUUCGAUCACCAGCCUGACCUCCUGUAUAGCAUUGGCCACCAGCACCACCUGCUAGCCCCCCGAAAUGAGACCAACGUAUUACAGCCCACGGGAGACUGGGCUGUUACGUGCCACAGGCAGGACUGUGGCGGAGGCUCCAUCACAGGCAAUUUUGAAAUCAAGAUGGGAUGUUUUGCUCCAAGGUCUGCUCCUGCGGCAGGUCUCUGGCCCGUGCUGUACUCAGGGGCAGCCUGGGGGAUCCCUGGUCCCUUCUGCCCUGUGAAUCUAGGGCUGCCGAGCCCCGUACCCCGUCGGGGAACAGUCCAGGGGAUGCCCUGCUCUGCUCGGACAGCAAGGCCUCCUGGGCGAAUGUCCUGGUAUUUCUUCAGAACACAAAGUAGGAGUCACAUGGGCCAGGAGGGGGCCCAUGACUGAACCACUAGGCCUGAAUGUGCCCCACAUUGCCAGCCACAAAAUAGCUGCUGCUACCACAGGCUGUUGUGCAAGAACCGUUACAAUACUAGUAUUGGUGAAACAAUGUUUGCACUAAGCCACCCACAUGGGGGGGUAGGGGGUGGAGAAUUAGGAAUUGCAAUUACCCUGCUCAGCUGGGCUGACCCCACUGGAUGCAACCUUUGCCACUUCUCAAUAAACCCAUGAGCCCGCAGUUUUCUUUCACCACUGAUUAGACACACCGUCCCCCAGGCGCUGGGCAGUGCGAUACAAAUCAGCCAGUCAAAGCGCUUCUUCUCCUCUCAGGGCACAGCUACUGCCCUGUCAGCCCAUCCUUUAACUGGUUGUAACACCCAUGUUCUAGGAAGCCUUAAAUAAAAUGCAUUUCCUACCGA